UUGUGAUCACAUGACCAGGCAGCGUCCAGCUGGGUAAUCAUGGCGGCUGUCUCUGGAUGUGAACGGCAGAUGUAGCGUUUUCUCCGUCAGCGCGGUUGUUUGAUCCACUCCACGGACUUUGAUCCGGACAUCAGGGAGCAGAGGGACAGUAGCCCCACAUGGAGACAUGAGGAAGUGGAGGACCGACGCUCUCUGAGGCGGCUGCAACAUGAAGGCUCUACUGAGUCUUCGGACGCUGUGAUUCCUGAUGAUUGCUUUUCUCAACCAAGGCGCUGAAUAGUAUUUUUGUCGAGUUAAUUAUUUGUAUUUUUUUAUUUAUUUGCAGACUGCUUCUUGCCGAUGUUAAUUCCGGUGCUCUUUUCUGCAUGCUUUCAGCAAGCUGCAUUGUUUUAUGGAGCAGCUACAUUCCAGCAUCAACACCUUAGUGAAGGUCCUACUAAUGUGAUGAUGGCCAGUCUGAAUCUCUGUUGUCUAUGACAGUUUGUGCUUCUGCUGCUUCUCAUGCCUCUCUCAGUAAUAACACUAUGAUAGGCUCCCCAGAUGUGGUAGCUUUCACUAAAGAGGAUGAAUAUGGGCAGACAGUUCCAGAGCCUUUGGAUCUCCCAGAGGAGUUUUCCAUACCCCUCCACCCGCUGGCAGACUCCAAUCCUUGGGCCAAAACCUCCUACUCCAAGUUCACCAAAGACUUCAUCCUCAUCUCGGAGUUCUCGGAGCAGGUGGGCCCCCAGCCUCUCCUCACCAUCCCAGAUGAUCCCAAAGUCUGGGGCAGCUUUGAUCUCAACUAUUUUUCCCUACGGAUCAUGUCCGUGGACUACCAAGCCUCUUUUGUGGGGCAUCCGCCUGGCAGCGGUUAUCCGAGGCUCAGCUUUGUGGAGGACUCGAGGGUUGUCUUGGGAGACUCGAAGGAGGGAGCUUUUGCGUAUGUCCAUCACUUCACACUUUACGACUUGGAGGCAAGGGGCUUUGUGCGGCCCUUCUGCAUGGCGUAUGUAGCAGCAGAUGAGAAGAAAAUCAUGCUCCAGUUUCAGGAGCUGUCCCUCCGUUUCUCUCAAGCCUCUGAGUGUCUAAAAGCCGGGAACAGAAGAGCAUUCGCCAAGGAACUCCAGAGGAAGCUCCAGGACCUGGAGUACACCCACUCUGUGCUGCAGCGAGAGGAGGGCCUGCAAAGAGAGGCGGGUCCUCAAUGCGUUUACUCCGCCACCACCGUGGAGAAGGCGAAUGAGCUUGCAAACGUAGAGAAGAGCAUUUAUGAACACAGAGACCUUCUGAAACAGAUCAGCGCCUACCAUCGGCGUCCACGACGGGAUCCGCAUGCCGUCUCAUGCCAGAAAUGUAUGAGUGAGUGUUUGAGAGAAUGUGAGGAGCUGUUGGACAAAUACGCCAAGUUUGCAAAUCCCCUUGGUUACAACGAAAGGCCUCCCAAAAGAGAAGGUGGGCAGAGUCAAUUUGAUGAUGACCGAGGGCAAGAAGAGGUGGAUGAUGAAGGUAUUAAACGAAGGCCAUCGUACACGCCACAGCUGAUCAAAGCCAAGUCUGCCAAGUGUUUUGACAAACGCCUCAAGACCUUGCAAGAACUGUGCGAGGAGACUUUCUACGAGGCCACUGUGGAUCUUUUGAAGGAGACGGAGAGGAGUUUCCGUGGCGACCUAUGUUACCUCUACACUCGCCGCCUGGACAAGGCACUGCACAGGAAGCAGAAAAUUGUCAGCUUCCUGUUUGAGGAAGACCUCAACGAUAAUUUGGAGGAUGAAGCUGAGACACUAAGACCAUUCUGUGCUGUGAAUCAUGCCAUAGACAACUACGUGCACUUAAAUCCACCUCAUAUUGUCCUGGGAUCAGAGGCUCUUGAGCUUGAUGGGUUGAAACCUCAAGGUACACUAGACCUGAUGCGUGAAACCACCACUGCUCAAGAGCUUGGACUUCUGGGAAGCCAUCUGGAGUCCUCUCCCUCAGACCAGACCUUGGAGACACAGGAGAGCUCAGAAGGGACCAAAAGCUUCAGCAGCGAUAAGAGUGGAACAGACCAAGGAGAGAAGCAGGAGAGUCUGGCGAGUAGGAAUACAGAAUGUCCUGAUCCAUACUCAGAUUUGACGCCAGAACCUGACCAAAUCACUUACCCAGAGAGAGAAAGCAGUAGUGAGGACUGUGAUAUUGGACAAGACCAGACCCCCAUGUCUCUGCUGGAAAUAGCGUCUGAGCUGGAGGCCAGGAAGGAUGAUGAGUGUGAGGUGGGAACUCACUCAGAACUGCUGGUUCCCAUGGACACAGCUUGCUGUAUGGCCCAAGAGGGUUUUCUUUAUGAAUCAGCUGACCCUGAUGCGGGUCCAAAUUCUAACCUGAACCCCUCUCAGAUUCUGGUGGUCAACCAGGAGCCCCAUGCCCUUCACCUUAUCCAGGAUGAAUACACGGUGGGUUCCCCGUGCUCAGAACGUCCAGCAACAGGGUUGGAGCUUCCUGUGGGCACUCUUGGCGAUGCAGUUUCGCAGACCUCUGUGGAGGAUGGGUCGGACUAUACCAUGAGUGCUUCCACGGGCUCUGAUCGGGCUGCCUCACCCCUCGGCUACGGGGGAUCGGUGACCCUCCGUCAGAGGAAAAAAGCCGGUCAAGGCGCUUUGAAGUUUGUGCGUCAGUACUCGUUUGCCAUGCAAGCCCUGUGGUGUCUGCUGAGCGGCAGAACGCUGGUGGUCCUCGGGGCGGACGAGGGGAGAGUUCGCCGCCUUGUGUCUGCUCUGGUGCUCUUUGUACCCAGCCCCAGGAAGAGUGGAGAGAGGGUUCAACCCUGGCUGACCAGUUCCUUCACCCUCACUGACCUUCAUAGGUGGAAAUUAAUUGGACUGCAAAGGGUUGCAUCUCCAGCCAGCUCCAGCGCACUCUACUCCCUGUCCCGCUACAGCCGCUACAUUUCCAUCCUGGACGUCGACAUGAAGACCCUGCGCUGCCCGCAGUACCGCGGCCAGCUCCUCGCCAACAUGGCCGACCACCGCACCUACAUCCGCCGCGGCUCAACCUACUUCCUCCACCUACAGAGCACGCUCUGUCGCCUGGCAGCCAAGGCUUUCCUGCUCACUUUCACGCACCACCUCCACCUGCCGGUCAGCUCCACGGAGGGGCCCGAGGCCGUGGAGGGCAGGCGCCGCUGCUUCCUCCAGGAGCAGCUGGGGCUGGAUGAGGAGGACAUGCAGAUCAUGCUCUACCUCAGCCGGCUCAUCACUCAGCAGUACCUGCAGUCCGCUAACGGCAGCUGUAGUGCAGCUCUACCAUCUUUUAGUUUUAACUACAUAACCAGCGUUUUAUACAAAAUCUGAUUCUGCAGGACAAGCUGGAUCCUUACCAACACCUUAGCAGACAUCAGCGGUGAUACUUUGGGUUCAUUUGGACCAAAAGUGAUCUGACUAAGGUUAAAAUCUCUGCACUGAUUGUUGUAUCCAUGUCUGGCUCGCUGUGCUUCUCUCUGAUCUCACACCUUCCUCUGGUUGCAGAGAAAACCGAGCGCUGAAUGUCUCUGCAGUGUCCUCUUCGCGACACUUUCAUAUCAGAGCAGAUGAAGACUAGCUACACAGGCAGUCCUUUGAAUUUUUGUUUUUCAAGUCCAUACAAAUGAAGCAAAAACAAAACUCUCACCCACUGGCAAAGAACUGUAGCAUCACCACCGUCUGGUUUGACUUGGACCGGCUUGCCAGCAGGUUCAGCCUAUGUGUCAACAGCUUUUAUAUCAUUCACACGUAAACAUGUUUUUCAGCACUGCAACGCCACGUAUGCUGACAUUUUCUGUUCGCGGAACACGGGCGCAUUGCACCUGGUUUUGUAACUAGCCCCUCUCUUUGGAAACUGACUCCCAUCUGUCCUGUUUUUAUGGUUUUGCUUCACUCACCAAUAUUUUUAGUUUUUGCAACCCACAUUCUUGCAGAAAUGGACACGUGUCCAUUUUGUUCCAAACAGCAAUAUCAUUUAGAGUUGUUGCUAAGUAAAUUCAACUUGUUCAAACCUUUUUUGGGGGGUUGGGAUGUCAGAGGGGGAUGAGAGCUACAUCCUGUCGGUCCAGAGAAAUAAUGAAAGAUUUUAAAGCUAGUUAAUCUAAAUGUAUUGAAUUUCACUGUUGUCUUAAAGUUGAGUGAUGUGUUGUCAGCAUGGGACAGUCUUGUGUCAGAGUGAUCAUUGUGUUGCUAAUAUUUCAGUUUUGUCUCAGUAAGAUUUACUGAAGCAAUGGCUUUUUUUAAGCUCUUAUGAAUAAACUUUUGUUUCUCGUGCCAAUAGAAGCCUAAGUUUCACUCCAGACACCUGCCUAACCUUUAUUUAUUAAAUGCAGAUGCACCAAUCAGGCUUUUACUGGCUGAAACUGAUUUUGUUUUUUGUUUAAAUAAGAAAUGCCCGUUGUAGUCGUGUUUUGUUUGUUUCUUUUGUCUGAGGACUAUAACGCAUUAAAGAAGAAAUAAUGUGCUGCAAGUUCCUUAAAGUAGUAGUUUUGAAUCCACCAGAAACAUAAUUACUGAGUUUUAUCCCUAAGAAACUUAUGUCUGUGCAUCGUAAUAAAUUAGAAUAUCAUAAAAAGUAAAUUUUUUUGCAGUCAUUUAAAAUGUAAAACACACAAUAGUUUAUUUCAAGCUUUUAUGUCUGUUAAUUUUGAUGAUUAUGACUGACCAAUAAUAAAAACCCAAAAUUCAGCAUCUCUCAAAAUUAAAAUAUGAACUCAGACCAACAAGAAUAUGAUUUUUUUAAUAUACAAAUGUUUAGCCUACUGUAAUGUAUGUCCAUGUAUCAUACAGUAGAUGCACUCAAUAAUUGUUCCUUUUGCAUAAAUUACUGCAUCAAUGAGGUGUGGCAUGGAGGUGAUCAACCUGCGACGGCUGCUCUGACUUUUGGCUUGAUAAAACAAAGUGGACCAACAGCAGCACAUGACAUGGUUCUCCAAAUCAUCACUGUCUGUGGAAAAUUCACACGGGACGUCAAGCAGCUUGAAUUAUGUGCCUCUUCACUCUUCUUCCAGACUCUGGGACCUUGAUUUAAAAACAAAAAGCCCACAUGGCAAUCCACAUAGGCUUUUACUUCAGGAUCCUCUCAAGCCUGUGGUUACUUCUGUUGCUUUUGUAAAUGUUUUCAACCACAGUUUUUCCUUCCACUAUACGUUCCAUUAUUAUUCAUGUGUACAGCACUCUGAACAGCCAGCUUCCUUAUCAAUGGCCUUCUGUGACUUAAUGGUCAAUGACUGUCUGCUGGGUAACUGUCGGGUCAACACUCUUCCCCAAAAUGUGUAGGCCACAAAAUGACAUCUCUGAAAUUAAAUACUUUUAUUUAUUAUUGGUAUUAAUUUAUAUUCAAAUUUUGUGAAAGUGUGAAUUUUGAGCCACAAUCAUCAAAGUGAACAGAAAAAAACUUGAAAUAUUUUGACUUUAAUAAAUGCAAUAAAUCAGCUUUUCAGUGAUAUUCUAAAUUAUUGAGAUUCACCUGCAUGUUGCUAAUCAUCUGAUUUUUAUAACCUUAGAACAGUGGUGGGAGUUCUUGGUAUUAAUGCAACUGAUAUUUGUGUGUGUUUGACUUGCUGAUCACCAAUCAGAGCCAAAAUGGGAACACUGUCUAAUUCCUGAUCUCUGGCCAAUUAAUUGGUGCAUCUCGGUGGUUAAACCAUUCCAGGAUACAAGUUCCCCAUGUCAGAGUUUCUGAUUCGGGAUUUAACAAACUAAAAAUAAAUCUUCAAAGAAGCUGCUAAUCUUUGGGGGAGGUUUUAUCUCGUUUUGUGCUGUCUGUGAUUCUGUAGGAUGGUAACUACAUGACUGCAUGGUCAGAGUUUAAUGUGAAAGGUCAAAAGUGCGGUUUUUAACUACCUUGUGGAUAUUUUUGCCGCAUGUGAUGAAGUGUUACACCCGAUCAAUUUGUUUUGUUUUGGUCAUUUUCCUGUUCAUGCAAAAAACAAAAAAAAAAACAACCUGAAUGUAAUCUGAGAAGCCAUGCCGCUUGUGUGCUUAACAAGUCGUCACCCAGUGUCCUUAUGUUGCCAUGUUGUGUCUGCUUUUUGUAUCUCAUCAGCAGGCCGCUGAGUUCAUUCAGCCCUGCAGGAAUUUGAAUAAAGCACGAUGUGAAUGUCC